AAUAUCCUCCCGUUGACAUUUCUUACCAAAUGUUUGUUGUUAGCACAACAUGUUGGAGUUGGGGCAUUUGAGGUAAUAGAGCAAAACGUAAAAUUUAUUUAAGUCCGAAACUUGGCUGAGGCCAAGAUGUCUCGGAUGUUGAGACUUCUCUCAGCGGCUGUUGUGCCUUUUUGUCGAACUGGGGGAGUCCGAGCUCGCACAUUCGGUUCUGGAAACCUCUUAGUACUGGAUCAUGGAUUUUUUGGUCAACAUAAAACAAAUAUCCUUUCUUGUCAGAGAUAUCGGUUAGCUCAGCGUCGGCUCUAUUCCACUGAACCAAAAGAUGGAAAAGGAGGCGGAGCAGGAGGAGGACGACCAGGUGGUGGAAAGAGAGGCGGGGGAGGGAAGGACUGGUGGAGUCGGAUGCAGAAGGGCGACUUUCCCUGGGACGAGAAGGAUUUCCGAUACGUGGUGAUAGGUGCUGCUGGAGUCACCUCAGUACUGCUCUACCUUUACUUCAGAGACAGCGGCCGAGAGAUCAGCUGGAAGGACUUUGUUCACCGUUACCUGGGAAGAGGCCUGGUUGAUCGAUUGGAAGUUGUUAACAAACAGUUUGUCAGAGUUAUCCUUGUACCAGGAGCUGAUACUGAAGGGAGUUAUGUUUGGUUCAACAUUGGGAGUGUUGAUACUUUUGAGAGGAACCUUGAGGCUGCACAUAUGGAGCUUGGGCUGGAGCCAUCUCACCGGGCUGCUGUCAUCUACAGCUCUGAGAGUGAUGGGUCUUUUCUGAUGAACAUGAUUCCUACUCUGUUGCUGAUUGGAUUUUUGCUGUUCACAUUACGACGUGGUCCAAUGGGAGGAGGCGUUGGUGGUGGAAGGAGCCCCUUUAGCAUGAGUGAAUCAACAGCCAAGAUGAUGAAAGACAACAUAGAUGUUAAAUUCAAGGAUGUGGCGGGCUGUGAGGAAGCAAAGCUUGAGAUCCUGGAGUUUGUAAACUUCCUGAAAAACCCACAGCAGUACCAGGACCUUGGAGCCAAGAUCCCUAAGGGUGCAGUGUUGUCUGGCCCCCCUGGGACGGGAAAGACUCUGCUUGCCAAAGCCACAGCAGGAGAGGCCAAUGUCCCCUUCAUCACAGUCAAUGGCUCAGAAUUCCUAGAGAUGUUUGUGGGAGUCGGUCCAGCCAGGGUGAGGGACAUGUUUGCCAUGGCAAGGAAGAAUGCACCGUGCAUCCUUUUCAUUGAUGAGAUUGAUGCUGUGGGAAGAAAGAGAGGCGGAGGGAACUUUGGGGGUCAGAGUGAACAGGAGAACACGCUAAACCAGCUGCUAGUGGAAAUGGAUGGUUUUAACACAGCUACUAAUGUGGUGGUACUUGCUGGAACCAACAGGCCUGACAUCCUGGACCCUGCUCUGAUGAGACCGGGACGCUUUGACAGACAAAUUUACAUCGGUCCUCCGGACAUUAAAGGCAGGGCUUCCAUCUUCAAAGUGCACCUGCGACCCAUCAAACUCGAUCCCAGUUUGGAUAAAGAUGCUCUUGCCAGAAAAAUGGCAGCUGCCACACCAGGAUUUACUGGUGCUGACAUUGCUAACGUGUGCAAUGAAGCAGCUCUGAUUGCUGCCAGGUACCUGAGCCCAGCUGUCACCCCAAAGCACUUUGAGCAGGCCAUCGACCGAGUCAUCGGAGGCCUGGAGAAGAAGACCCAGGUCCUGCAGCCUGCUGAGAAGAAGACUGUAGCUUAUCAUGAAGCCGGCCAUGCCAUUGUUGGCUGGUUCCUGCAACAUGCUGACCCCUUGCUAAAGGUGUCAAUCAUUCCACGGGGGAAGGGUCUCGGUUAUGCUCAGUACCUCCCAAGAGAGCAGUACCUUUACACCAAAGAACAGCUGUUUGACAGGAUGUGCAUGAUGCUGGGUGGCCGCGUGGCUGAGGAGGUCUUUUUUGGCCGGAUAACGACGGGGGCUCAGGAUGACUUGAAGAAGAUCACACAGUCUGCUUACGCUCAGGUGGUGCAAUUCGGGAUGAGUGACAAGGUGGGCCAGGUUUCGUUUGACCUCCCCCGGCAGGGUGAGAUGGUCCUGGAGAAACCGUACAGUGAGGCUACAGCUGAACUCAUUGAUCAGGAAGUCAGAAAACUGGUGGAUGAAGCAUAUGAGCGCACCCUGCAGCUCAUCAUGGACAAAAAGGAUGAAGUGGAUAAGGUGGGGAAGCGGUUGCUUGAGAAAGAGGUUCUAGACAAAGCCGACAUGGUGGAGCUGCUCGGUCCUCGGCCAUUCCAAGAGAAGUCAACCUACGAGGAGUUUGUAGAAGGAACAGGGACCUUUGAAGAAGACACAAGCCUUCCAGAGGGCCUCAGGGACUGGAACCAGGAGAGAGGAGGGGAGGCUGAAGAGACAGGCCCAACCCAGGACAAACAGCAGGCAAUGUAGGGCCUGGGAUACUUGGAGAAAACAUCUUAUCUGGACAAAAAGUAGUUUAGUUCUUCUCUGUCUGGGAGGAUGACAAAACCAUUGGGUA